CUCUAUCCAAAACCACUACCAUUUUCAUCUCCAUUUGCGUCCUCUUCUUUCUCUCUGUGUUUUCCAAGAAAACCCCAAUUCGUUUUGGAAGAGAAAGGCUUUGAUUGACAACAAUGAGCAGUGGUGCUGCUGCUGCUGUCGGGAAGAGAAGGACACGUGUAGGCAACUACGAGUUUGGCAAAACCUUGGGCGAAGGCAGCUUUGCCAAAGUCAAGUUCGCCAAAAAUAUUGUCACUGGUGAUCCUGUUGCCAUUAAGAUAAUCGACCGCGAUCGUAUUCUCAAACACAAGAUGGUCGAGCAAAUGAAAAGGGAAAUCUCAGCGAUGAAGUUAAUCAAGCAUCCCAACGUAUUAAAUCUCUUUGAGGUUAUGGCAAGCAAAACAAAGAUCUAUAUUGUUCUUGAGUAUGUUGAUGGAGGCGAGCUUUUCGACAAAAUAGCCAAAUAUGGAAGACUUCAAGAAGAUGAGGCUCGAAGAUACUUUCAGCAACUCAUUAAUGCUGUAGAUUACUGCCAUAGUAGAGGCGUGUAUCACAGAGAUCUCAAGCCAGAAAAUCUGCUCUUGGACUCGAAUGAUGUUCUGAAGGUUUCGGACUUUGGAUUAUCUCAGCAAGUGGACAAUGGGAUGUUGCAUACAGCCUGUGGAACGCCAAAUUAUGUUGCGCCUGAGGUGCUCACUGUAAAGGGUUAUAAUGGUGCAGCCUCUGAUAUAUGGUCUUGUGGAGUCAUCCUUUUCGUUCUUAUGGCAGGAUACUUGCCAUUUGAUGAGGAAAACCUCAUGGGACUGUAUAGGAAAAUUGAGAAGGCUGAUUAUAGAUGCCCACCAUGGUUUUCAUCCGGCGCAAAGAAACUGUUAGAACGUAUACUUGAUCCAAACCCCCUCACCAGAAUAACUAUUCCUCAGAUCUUGGAAAAUGAUUGGUUCAAGAAAGGGUAUAAACCUCCACAUUUUGAGCAGGAAGAGGAUGUGAAUCUUGAUGAUGUAGAUGCUGUCUUCAAUGAAUCCAAGGAACACCUUGUUACAGAAAAGAAAGAGAAACCUGAAUCCAUGAAUGCAUUUGAGCUAAUAUCUAGAUCACAAGGUUUCAGUCUAGAAAAUAUGUUUGAGAGGCAAAAGGGUUUUGUAAAGAGAGAAACAAGUUUUGCUUCCAAGUCUCCUGCCAAUGAGAUCAUGUCUAAAAUCGAAGAAGCUGCAAAGCCCUUGGGUUUCAAUGUUCACAAACGAAAUUAUAAGAUGAAGUUACAAGGUGACAAGACUGGAAGGAAGGGCCAUCUUGCUGUGGCUACAGAGGUUUUUGAAGUGGCGCCGUCGCUGCACAUGGUGGAGCUCAGGAAAACCGGUGGCGACACGCUGGAAUUUCACAAUUUCUACAAGAGCUUCUCCUCCGGAUUGAAAGAUAUUGUAUGGAACACCGAAUCAAGUACAGACAACAAUUCUGAUUUGGGUGUUUUCAAUUAUGUCUAAGAAGAAAAGGGUAAGAGUUGUGACCGUCCAACACAAGCAUCAACCAGGGUAAAGACAUCGGGCAAAUCGACAAUCUUGGCAUCAUUUUGGAAGACACCCUCAACCAUCUUUGGGUAAUUGGUUAAGAGGUAACAGAAGUUGCAAUCUUUUUCAUGAUGCAACUUUGUAAUGUACCAUGGAAAGGAAGAAACAUGCCCAUUUUAUGUGUAAGAAACAUAAUGAAAUGUGAUCAAGUUCACUUUUAUUAAGUUAUUGAUUGUAUAUUUUGGAUUUCUAA